AGAGCCCCAGCCCGCCAUUCUCAGACAGAAAACGGACACCUAGACCGGAGCCACGCAGAGGAGGCCAAGGCUGCCAGCAAGAGGCUGCAGGGCCGGGUGCAGGGCCUCCUGACAUCGGCUCCCCGCUCCAUGCCGCCGGCCCGAGCCAUGAUGAAGACCUUGUCCAGCGGGAACUGCACGCUCAGCGUGCCCGCCAAGAACUCGUACCGCAUGGUGGUGCUGGGCGCCUCACGGGUGGGCAAGAGCUCUAUUGUCUCCCGCUUCCUCAACGGCCGCUUCGAGGACCAGUACACGCCCACCAUCGAGGACUUCCACCGAAAGGUCUACAACAUCCGAGGCGACAUGUACCAGCUGGACAUCCUGGACACGUCCGGCAACCACCCCUUCCCUGCCAUGCGCAGACUCUCCAUCCUCACAGGUGAUGUUUUCAUCCUGGUGUUCAGCCUGGAUAACCGCGAGUCCUUCGACGAAGUCAAGCGCCUCCAGAAGCAGAUCCUGGAGGUCAAGUCCUGCCUGAAGAACAAGACCAAGGAGGCGGCGGAGCUGCCCAUGGUCAUCUGCGGCAACAAGAACGACCAUGGCGAGCUCUGCCGUCAGGUGCCCACCACCGAGGCCGAGCUGCUGGUGUCCGGGGACGAGAACUGCGCCUACUUCGAGGUGUCGGCCAAGAAGAACACCAACGUGGAUGAGAUGUUCUACGUGCUCUUCAGCAUGGCCAAGCUGCCCCACGAGAUGAGCCCCGCCCUGCACCGCAAGAUCUCCGUGCAGUACGGGGACGCCUUCCACCCCAGGCCCUUCUGCAUGCGCCGCGUCAAGGACAUGGACGCCUACGGCAUGGUCUCACCCUUUGCCCGCCGCCCCAGCGUCAACAGUGACCUCAAGUACAUCAAGGCCAAGGUCCUUCGGGAGGGCCAGGCCCGCGAGCGGGACAAAUGCACCAUCCAGUGAGCGGGAGGGACGCUGGGCUGGGGCUAAGGCAG